GACUUGAAAUUAACACAAGUUUUUGUAGAAUUUUCGCAAUUUUUAGAUCUUAUUUCUAUAUGAUUUCUAAAGCAUUCCAACUAUUCAUUGUUUUUAAGCACAUUCAUGUUCAGCAAAUGUUGAAAUAUUAAGAAGUUGAACAUAUUUUGCAUCAGUGUGCUAGGAGGUGCAGAUUUCACUGGUGAUUCCCAUGGGAAAAUAAAGAUGGCCGUAUGAGUUUUAAGUGCCAGUUAAGCAAAAGAUACUUAACCCAAAUAAUUGAGAAUCAAAACUUUGGAAGAAUAAGAGCAUAGCAUUUUUCAAUAGCGGAAGAUUAAAAGAAAGUGAGAGCGAUUUUUUUUUCUUUUUUGUGACAAUUAUUGGGUCAUUAAUCACCGAGUUGCUGCUUUGUUCUAUUAGAAGGCGAGUUAGAGCUUGAGCCAAGCCCCCUCAGGCCGUAGCACAUCAUUCAACAAUGAAACAAGCUCUCAUUUCACCUUCCUCAGCUUCCUUUUCACUUCAAUACCGAAGUCCAAUUUUGAAUCAAAUUCGAACCAUGGCGCUGAGUAACAUAAAAUCUAACAGAUGGUCACUCCAAGGCAUGACAGCCCUGGUAACUGGCGGCACACGUGGAAUCGGACGUGCCAUAGUUGAGGAAUUGGGGGGACUUGGAGCAAGAGUGCACACUUGUUCACGUAAUGAAAAUGAGCUUGACAAGGCUUUGGUAGACUGGAAAAGUUUGGGCUUUGAAGUUUCUGGUUCUAUUUGCGAUGUGUCCAUUGCAGCACAAAGACAGAGCUUAAUGGAAACGGUUUCAUCAUUGUUUGAUUGCAAGCUCAACAUCCUCAUUAAUAAUGUUGGGACAAAUAUAAGGAAACCAAUGGUAGAUUUCACAGUUGAAGAAGUUUCAACUCUUUUGGCAACCAAUUUUGAAUCUGUUUUCAAUUUAUGCCAACUUGCUUAUCCACUUCUCAAAACAUCAGGAUCAGGAAGUGUUGUAUUCACCUCCUCAGUGUCUGGAUUUGUUUCACUCAAGUCCAUGUCACUUCAAGGAGCAACUAAAGGAGCUAUCAAUCAACUCACAAGAAACUUGGCUUGUGAGUGGGCAAAAGAUAACAUAAGGAGUAAUGCUGUUGCACCUUGGUACAUCAGAACUUCCAUGGUGGAACAAGUACUCAGCAACAAAGAAUAUUUAGAAGAGGUGUACUCUCGAACUCCUCUUGGACGACUCGGUGAUCCAACAGAGGUUUCAUCCUUGGUAGCAUUCCUUUGCCUGCCUGCAUCAUCUUACAUAACCGGUCAGAUUAUUUGUGUUGACGGUGGCAUGUCUGUAAAUGGUUUUUACCCAACAAAUUACUAGAAAUCGACUUAAGGAUCAACUGGUCAUAUGCUCUGUAAUUGAUGAUGUUGGAGAGGAAAGUUUCCGUGCCCUUGCUUUUCUACUUAGUUUUUUAUUGGAAAAUGGGGUGGUUUGUAGCCAA